CCUGGAUCCUCCUCCUGCCGGUCCUCACGCUUAUCCACACCGACGAUGAGACCCGCUUCUACCUGCUCUGUCCCCAGUGCCACCACAGGCUCAGGCCCCGGCAUGGUCAGGAGUGGCGACCCCGAUUAGGUUACAAGGAACCAGGGGGCCUACUCCCGCGCAGGUGGAGCCACGCACGCAGUUGUUCCAAGAGCUCGGGGCGCGAGUCCUAGAGCCCUGCUGGCAGAAGCGGAGCACCAGAGAGCCUCCACCGCCCAGCCGCCCUCCCCUACUAUGAAAAUCCUGCCGAAACAGUGGCUAGAAGCACCGGACAGCUACAAAGACGUGCUCUGUUGACUCUUCUGGGCGUUAUCAGUGGUUGAAGAACUGGACUGCUUGGAAACACCUGAGAAAUUAUUUCCCCAUUAAGGUAGCAGGUCACCCUCCAAGUGACACUCCACUCCUCCCGCUCCCUUACCUCCCACCUCCUCUCUCCUUCCCAUGAUGGAUUCUCACCUCUGGCUGCUUACGUUCAGGUAACGGCGCAGGGGGUGGGAUGGUGUUCCAGACUGGACCCUCAUGCCUUUGACCCCAUCUUAGACCCUAAACUCUCAGGUCUCUUGGUGGGGGCGGAUACCCUUUCAGCUGGGGUCCUGCCUUCUCUGCUUUCUUUCCUUCAUCCUGCCCCCUGCCGCCACAGCUGGUGAAAACAGCAGAGCUGCCCCCAGACAGGAGCUACAUGCCAGCGUCCCGCCCACAUGGGGUCAUGGAUGUUGAAAGCUUCUGUAACUCCUGGGCUGAGAGCACUGGCUCCUCCCAGCAGUUCCCAGCGUCUCGGUUCUCAGGUUCACGCUGAACGGCAUGUUCCACCACCCAGUCUGUGGAGACCAUGUUACGUCCUGCAGUGAGACCAGGGCGGAGUGACAGAAGGCAACCCCACCUCAAUCCGGAAAGAGUGGUCCCCGCUCACCACCCAGCGCAGGCACUUGGCUUGAACAUUGACCAGGCUCACCAAGGGGGUCAGGAAGGGGCUUUGGAGCAAGUGUCCUGCAUCCUUGCUGGGAGAGGCGCUGUAGGGUACACAGACUGGGGCACAGGGGGAAGGAGUUUGGAAAAAAAGGUGGGUAUCUCACCCUUCCUGAGCUAAAGGGCAGGGUGAGGUACUAAGGGUACAAGGAGGGGGUACUCACUGUUCCUGCACCCCCUCUUGUCCACAGGGCUAUGUUCUACAAGCCACAAGAGCCUGGAUUUUAUUCUGUUGCAGCCCCAGCUGGGCCAGGCUGUGGUCAUCCAAGUCGGGGCAGCCCAGAAGGCCCUGUAUGCCAUCCCAAGGAGCACUACCUCACCCUCUGGAAUCGUAAAGGCUUCGUCCGCCUGGCACUGAGACACGGCGCCUUCCUGGUGCCCGUGUACUCCUUUGGGGAGAAUGACAUCUUCAGAGUUAAGGCUUUUGCCCCGGACUCCUGGCAGCAUCACCUUCAAGAAGUUCCUGGCCAUUUCUCCUUGCAUCUCCUUGCGUCUCUUCUCAGCCAAGUCCUGGGGCCCGGUGCCCUUGGCCAGACCCAUCACCACUGUGGGAUCAUGCAUGACACUGGAAGCCAGCAGUGAUGGAGCCACCUCAGAGAUUUCUAAGCCCGAAAAAGACAUGGAGCCAGAUGCAGAGGCUCUCGAAUCCGAGACCCGGGUGCUGAGGAGAGCUCCUUGGGCAGGUCACAGGACUGGCCUGGCGCCCCGGGGGAAUGACGACGGAGUGCUCAGCGUGAGAAGAGGCGAGUCCUUUGAACGGAGAGCCCCGUCGGAGAGCAACCCCCCCCACACACACAAUGGCCUCGGUCGCAGAUCGAGAGGGAAGUCGGUACACGAGAUCGACGCCGGGGAGACGGCGCUGGCGGAGGGACUGCGCGUGGCGUCCCCGGAGCGCGGCAAGAGGGUGGCCCGGCUGCUAGAGCACUUCUGUUCGCAGCUGGUAAGAGACAGCACCCGGGGGAUCAAAGUGGCACGACUCACCAGGGACGAUCAGUUGGGGCCCCAGGAGCUGAAGAAAUUCCGCCUAAUCACCAAGCAGAACAAAGGAGCUCGGAGGGCCGGGCCUCUCCUCAAGGGCCUCCGGGCUUUGUCCCCUCUCCUGCAGUCAGUCACCGCCUUUCUUUCGCGGCCCGCUCUGCCCAGUGGAGGCGCCUAUGAGCCCUGCCCUGGGAAUCCCAGUCCUUACCCAGGCCUUGCUGCCCAGGGAAAAUCAAACAGCUUCCACUUCCAAUCUUUACCUCGCACCGUCGGCCCUCCCCCGGGACCCAGAUGGGAGCCCAUGGGUGUGACUGUGGAAAUGAAGGCCUCCGGCGUCUUCUCGCAGCUGCCCAGGGAGGCCGUAUGGAAGGCUGGCGGCGACCUGGCACGCCUCCCUCCUGCUGUCGCCCUCCUUGCAGCGCGACAGGAGAAACCAUCCCAGGAGUGGCCGCCCUACUGGCCGAGUGAGAGUAACCUGCGCCUACUGGCGGCCAAAGGCCUGGAGUGGCGCGUGGACAGCCGCGCGCGCCCGCGCGUGCUCACGCUGUGCACGCGCCCUUUCCGCAUCCCUCUCGGCGGCGACAGCACGUGGCGCUACCUCCGCAUCGACGCCUUCAGCAGCGACGGUGCGCAAAGGCAGAGCCAGCUUCUGUAGCAUCUGUAGCUCCAGAGCCCUUUCAGCCUCAGCAUCGUGUGCCAGCUCUGCCCGGCGCCCCAGUUGUGGUCACAGGUGGCUGACUUCCACCAGGCUCGCUGGGGGCUCGCGCUGGUCAAGGGUUACACUGAACAGUACUUGCUGGAAGCCGACAACUAA